AUGGAUCAGCUCGAGAAAGUUAUUCAGAACAUCUCUUCAGGUCUAAUCGAUGUUGCCAAAGAUGCCUUAGAACAGGUCCAAUUUCUCCUUUCCGUAGAUGACCAACGUGGAUUGCUUGAAGACCGCAUGGAUAUGAUCAUGCAAACAGUUGGAACCCAGUUGAAGCUCCUCAGGAAUCUGCAUGGUAUCCACACAGCCAAAGGACAGGAGUUGCUGAAGGUCAUUCUCAACUUCCUUUGCCCUGUGAGUGAUUAUUACUGUUCGAGUGACACAUUCUUUCGAAUUCUUACUCUUCUUACCACUUCAUAUGUACCAUUAGGGCAUUUAUUACUGAAAAUGGGGUAUUAG